AUGGUCGUUGUCGCUGUCGCUGGUGGAACCGGCGAUCUUGGUAAGGCCAUCGUCGAGGCCCUUGUGCACGAUGGCACACACCAAGUCUUUGUUCUUACGAGAAAGUCUGCAACCUCUCCCGAAGUUGCUGGUGCCCAGAAGCUUGCCAUAAAUUACAAUGAUAUCGAAGAGACAGCUAAUGCUCUGUCGAGCCAUGCAAUUGAUACCAUUGUCUCCACGUUGUCCGUCAUGGGACCGUCGGAGCAAGCACAACUAGACCUAAUUGCUGCGGCGAGCCGAUCAUCUUCCACUAAGAGAUUCAUACCAAGCGAAUGGGCUGGAAGCCUGCCGGACAGCACUGACGAAGAGACGGCCUCGUUCAUGACACUACCUUUGCUACGUGCACGACGAGCACUAGCGAAAACCCACCUGGAAACAACGAGAGUGGCUAUCGGUCUUUUCAUGGAUUACUGGGGGCAACCUCACAUUCCCAGCACACUUCGUCCUUUUUCGUGGGGUAUCGAUAUUGCGAGUCACCGUGCAGUCAUCCCAGGAACCGGCAACGAGCAGUUUACUGUGACAUACUCGAAGGAUGUAGCCCGUUUCGCCGUCAAGCUUGUCAGCGAUAAGAACAAGUGGUUGAUUGAUAGUAACAUCAGUGGCUCGGACACCUGCCUCAACGAAGUACUUUCGCUGGCAGAAAGGAUCACAGGCAAGAAAUUUAGCGUGCAUUAUGACAGCGUGGAAGACAUCCGCGCCGGCAAGGCCACACCUCUCAAGAACGCUCCUGGAUAUGGCGUUGAGGAUCCUGCAGAAGAAGCAGCCGUCAUGGGCGCAAUGGCCCUGGAUGGAGGUUUCUUGAUUCCCCAGGAGAACAGGCUGAAUAUUCUGUACCCUGACAUUGAGCCUGUCACGAUUGACCACUUGCUUGCGGUGGCUUGGGGGAAUCAGCCCUGA